GGCCAGUCCUGUACUGGUCGUCGAAUCUCGCUGACUGAUAUUAAUUUCACGCCAACGUUUUGUGCAAAGCCAAAGAGAAAUAUAUCCGCUAACAAAACUCCAAAACAGUGCGCCAACGCGUUUUGCGCACACGGAGUUAAUAAACAGUCCUUUUUUUAAGUUUAUAAUUUCUCGAAAUAAACAUGGUUCUUUUAUCUCAACAAUAGAGGAUAAAAUAUAUAAAAUUUUUAAUCUGCAUGCUAAAAUUCAUCGCGCGAAUAAAGCGCAGCUUUGCUCCGUCUUCUUGCGUCUUCAGGAUCAGCUUCGUGAAUGAAUAAUUUCACCAGUCCGAAGUGACGAAGUGGAAGUAAAUCAACUGUUGGAUGCUAAAGCCGCAUCAUGUCGCGUCAGCGACUUGCGUUUAUUGUGCGCGUUUGUCAUUUCGUCGUGUUAUUUUGCACAAUUUCUGCACAAUUUCACGAAUCUAACGUGACCGACACCAGCAUUCGUUUACUGCCCGCCUAUGCCGUCGCCUCGAAAGCUAAUCUCCUCGAAGGGACGAUAUGCGGAAAGGAAUUACGAGACUUCCGAGAUGCUGUCGAUCGCCGGAUACUGUGGGCCUUGAAGACAUUGGAUUCCAGCGGCGGCCCUAAAUCGGGUUUCUUUUAUGGAAAUAAUUUUUGGCUCGGCAGUCGUAGCCAAUGUCUCGAUACGAUGAACAGACGUCGCUUCGAGAUAGCAGAACGGCAUAUAUUAAAUGACACACAAUAUCGCGACCCGCAAACGGAAUUUCCGCCUUUCGAAGUGAAUUACUUCGCUGCCCAUUUCAGACACAACAGUACCCUUCAGUAUCACGGUCACAUACGAAACGAAGAUUUAAUUACGCUUGGCCUCUGUUUACCCGCAUCAUGUUCCACAAAUAAUCUCAGCUUCAUUCUGAAAGAGAUAUUUCGUGAUAGAGUUCUUUUAAUCAGUGAUCUCUAUUCCAUGGAUCUCAGUCUGGUCCGUGUUAAAGACUUAAAGGACGAUCAUCAAUGGCUAUUCAGCGGGGCAAUACCUUUCAUACUUGUUGUUUUAAUAUUUACCUUCGCCAUGAUGAUAAGCGGCACAAUAUAUGACAUAUUCGUGUAUCAAAAAUAUUUGAAUACAAAAAAUGAAGCUGUCGUUGGUGUAAAAAGCGUAGACAGGGAAACGAAAAUGACGAAUUCGUCAUUUCCAAGCAAGAAAAACAGAAUGGAGAAGGUGCUAAUGUGUUUUUCCGUUUACACAAAUACAAAAAUAUUAUUUAACACGGAAUUGAAUGAGGAAAUGAUACCGGUUAUUCACGGCUUAAGAUUUCUGAGCAUGCUUUGGAUAAUCAUAGCCCACACUGUGCUGUACACGAUGGACUAUUUCGACAAUAAAGUGUGGAAUCUAAGAUUCGCCGAAGGUAUACCAAUCCAAGUGAUAAGCAACGCGACCGUAUCGGUCGACACUUAUUUCUUUUUAAGCGGGUUUUUACUGGCCUAUGUGUUCCUGAAGGCUAAAACAACGGACAAAGGACGGGGCAAGUCGGUUAAUUAUGCGAAGAUGCUAAAGGAGUUCUUUGUCUGUGCAAUAAGAAGAUUCAUCCGAUUGACACCGCCUUACAUGAUGACGAUAGGAAUAUUGCAAUUGAACUGGACUUGGUACGACAAGACCUCGCAGUUCUACAUGGAGGAGAAAUCGCAUGAGACUUGCGCGAAAUAUUGGUGGAGGAAUCUCCUGUACAUAAAUAAUCUGUUCGGUCACGACACGAUGUGCAUGAACUGGAGUUGGUAUCUGGCUGCUGAUAUGCAAUUCUUUAUGAUCGGUACGGCACUCCUGAUUCUGUCGACUGUAUAUUUUUAUGCGGCCGUUGCUAUACUAGGCACACUUUUAAUAAGCUCGAUUAUACUAAGCGGUUAUAUCUCGUACAUUUAUGAAUAUGUCCCAACCUUGGACGAACAAUAUAGACUUUUGGAUGUCUUAUAUUAUCCACCAUGGCUUCGAAUAGGUCCAUAUAUUAUUGGAAUGAUUACAGGCUACAUUUUAGUAAAACUAAAUAAAAAAGUAGCCUUGAAAAAGAAUAUGGCAAUCUUUUGUUGGUGUCUUGGUAGCGCUUGCAAUAUUUUUGUGUUAUUCGGUCUUUACAAACGACAAAUAUCCAUUUUGUCUACUGCUAUUUACGUGGCAUUAAGCAGAACAGUUUGGGCCAUAGGUAUAGCAUGGAUCGUAAUAGUAUGUUAUACUAAAUACGGAGGUAUUGUUAAGGAGCUGUUAACAUGUAAAAUAUGGAUUCCUCUUAGUAGACUCACAUACUGCGCUUACCUUUUAAAUCCUUUCAUUAUACAUUCCAUUCGACUGCAUAAUGAAACAUCCGCUCACUUAGAAUUUUUGUCCAUGAGCGCCAUGAUUAUGGGACACUUUGGGAUUAGUUAUUUCUGCGCUUACGCAUUAUAUUUGAUGGCGGAAUCACCAUAUAUUUUACUAAUGCGAACACUCAUCCAAUCUUACAGCAGGAAAAAAUAUAAGAAACGUGAGAUUGCAAUGGGAGUGAUGUUGUAAUUAUAACUAAAACUGAGAAUAAAAUAAAAGCAAUUUAUAUACU